CAUUAACACUGAUGUGAUCAACUUGCAUGCACUCAUAUAGCUGCUGCUGCUGCUGUCACAUUCUUUGCUGGUGAAGGCUUGGUACUGGAUGUAGGUGGAGGGUCUUGGAAGACGGGUUGAUCGCUGGACGAGGACAUCUGCAUGUGUCUUGGUUGACAGAGUGUGGAUUAUUUUUUUAUCAGGCAGAUCUGCAGUCUCACUGCACCUUGGUGGAUGGGAUGUGCUCAGAGCUGUUUUGUCGGAUGCCCAUCAGAAGCUCAUACACUGAUGUGUGACCCUUGCUGAAGCUCGCUUGAUUUCUAUUUGGGACAGGUACCACAAGUGGAAAGUUGUCCUAGGAUUCCCACCCUUGAUCACAUCACUUUAGAGGUCCAUCCAUGAGAUAUUGCAGUAUGACAUGGGGGCAUUCUUACACUGACCCUGCGCCCACCUGGUGCCACACUGCAUCCUCAUUGAGCUAGGAUUGAGAUGGCAUCCCUGCAGACUAUCAGGAUAUCGGCUAUGGAAAUGGAGAAGUAUUACAGUCUUCAGCAGGCAGUGUCUCUUCUGUACACAUUGCUGGAAAAGACUACAGCUCCCGUCUGUGCAAAGGACAUCAAUGAUCUGUUGAUGAAAGAAUUUGCCUUUCUGUCAGGUGGCCGGGGAAAGGAUAACGACUGGAUCAUCACACUUCCUGAGCAUGCCACAUUCAAUGACGUUCCGGAGAACGUACUGGAGACCGUGCUGACAUAUUUAACCUCCAUUCCAAGUAAAGAAGAAGAUGACAUUAAAUUCAUUGUUAUAUUGGACAGAAGACUGGACACAUGGACGUCUGUAAAAUUAACACUUCAGAAAUUAUCGCAUUCAUUUCCUGGGAGCCUUCAUCUAGUUCUGGUCUUAAGGCCUUCAGGAUUUUUUCAGCGGACUUUCACUGACAUUGGAUUUCGCUUCAGCCAGGAGGACUUUAUACUAAAGCUUCCGGUGGUUAUGCUCAGUUCUGCAUCAGAUUUACUUAAGUACAUCGAUGAAACACAACUAACAACAGAAUUUGGGGGAACACUUGAAUAUCGGCAUCGCGAUUGGGUUGUCUACAGAACGCAGGCCAUUGAGGGCUUUGCCUUGACAGUGAAGGAAAUUGCUCAGAUGCUGCAGGCCUUCGGUACUGAACUGGCUGAGACCGAAUUACCGAGCGACGUCUAUUCAAUUGAGCACAUUUUAGCAAACCGCACUGAAAAAUACUGCCAAUUGAAGAAAGACAUUACCUCCGUAACAAAAGAAGGGGGCUUACUGCUGGACAGUUUUGAAAGACCAAGCACAAGUUUAAUUACAGAACAGCAAACCUGUGGAAAACACGGAGAUUGGGAAACUGUGAACAGGUACAACACAUAUCCAUCUAUAGGGAUAACACAUCAGUUAUACUCAUUGGAGAAGUUGCUGGCACAGUUACAUGAGAUGGAAAGCGCUUUUGAUGGGUUUUGGGAGAAACACCAGCUAAAAAUGGAGCAAUACUUAGAACUACUCAAGUUUGAACAGAAUUUCCAAGAGCUGAAGAAUGCUACUGACUUUUUGAUGGCACAACAAACUGGUGUUCCUGAUACAGGAGACAAUAUAUCUGACGUCAAGCAGGGACUGGUGGAGUUGAGUAACCUUGAAGAAAGGUCUAAGGAAUUAAUGGGAAGGUCGCAAAGGGUGAUUUUACAUGGACACCAGCUUGCGGCAAAUCAUCAUUACGCACUUAACCUAAUCUGCCAGCAAUGCAACGAGCUAAGGCAUGCAUCAGACAUCUUGUCUGAGGAGAUUAGAAAGAAGCUUGCUCGUCUUUCCACUACACACGAACUACUUGUCCAGCUACAGGAGGCUCUCGAUAGUUGUGAUAAAGGUGCCUACUUUCUAGCUAACCAGCAAAUGGACAAGUGCCAGUCAAGGGACGGGGCUCAGAGGGCUUUACAAGAUGUUGAGAAGUUUCUAGACAGCUCUGCAUUGGAUUUAAGUUUUGAUCCACAGUCCUUACAGUAUGAUUAUGAGUCCAUUCUGACAGAAGAGUUGAAGGCUCAAAUUCAAGCUGUUCAUGUCAAGAUUGGGAACAUCAGAGACCUGUUUGAAAACCGACAAAGUUGCCUUAAGAAAUUGGCUGAUAAGCAAGUGCGGCCGAUCCAGUUAGUAGCUCCUCGUCCCGAGAAUCCCCCUAGAGCUAAAUCGCCUCUUUUUUCUCCAAAACAUGGACGUAUGGAUUUCAAUUCAAGUCUGAAGUUUUCAUUUGACUUAACAUUACCUGGGAAAAGGACCACAAGAAAAAUGCAGACUUCACGAAAGAUUGAAGUGAUGCAUGACUAUCAAGAGAAGAGAAACUCGUUGCAAUUUUAUAUAUCAGAAAGCGAAGACAGUUUGGAUAUACUUAAAGGUCAUGUAAUCCAUGAACUAGUAGAAACUGAGAGGAUUUACGUGGAAGAGCUUUACACAAUUUUAUUGGGAUACAGAUCUGAGAUGGAAAACCCAGAAAUGUCCCAUUUCCUGCCACUAACCUUGAGGAACACAAAAAAUAUUCUGUUUGGAAAUAUGCCAGAGAUCUAUGAAUUUCAUAAUAAAGUUUUUCUUGGUAGCCUUGAAAGCUGCAUCGGAGCACCAGUUAGAGUUGGGUAUUGUUUCUUAGAAAGGAGAGAAGAUUUCCAGAUGUAUGAAAAGUAUUGUCAGAAUAAGCCCCGCUCUGAUUCUCUCUGGCGUCAGUUUUCAGACAGUGCAUUCUUUCAGGAAUGCCAGAAAAAACUGGAGCACAAACUUGCACUGGACUCUUAUCUUUUGAAACCAAUACAACGCCUUACAAAAUACCAGCUGCUUUUAAAGGAGUUACUGAAGUAUAGUAUUCAUUCAGAGGGAGUCCAAGAACUCCAGGAAGCUUUGGUUUCUAUGCUGGAUCUAUUAAAAUCAGUCAAUGACUCCAUGCAUCAGAUUGCUAUUACAGGGUAUAAUGGAGAUAUAAAUGAUCUGGGUCGUAUAUUGAUGCAAGGUUCUUUUAGUGUGUGGAUCACUCAUAAAAAAGGACCUACAAAGAUGAAGGAACUUGCCCGCUUUAAGCCAAUGCAGAGACAUCUCUUUCUCUAUGAAAGGGCAAUAGUGUUCUGCAAAAGAAGAGAAGAACAUAGCGAUGGACAUGACAAAACUCCAUCCUACAGUUUCAAGCACUUCCUAAAGAUGAAUGCUGUCGGCAUAACCGAAAAUGUUAAGGGUGAUAAUCGCAAGUUUGAAAUUUGGUACAGUGGCCGAGAAGAAGUUUAUGUUGUGCAGGCCCAGACAGGAGAUCAUAAGGCAGCGUGGUUGAAUGAAAUACGGAAGAUACUGACCAGACAGCGAGAACUUAUAAAAGUAGAGAAACGGAAGCAAAAUUCCUUUUCAGACCAAGUUGUUCUAACACCACAAAUGAAUGAGGGGAAAUUACAAAGGGCUUCGGUCAGUUCAGAAGAAAAUGACUCAGAAAAUUCCAGUUCUAUACUGGAGGGUCUAAACGUCUCCCCUCAACAUAAACCGCACAAAGGGUGGCAUGGAAUGUCACAGUCCUUAGAAAUCUGUGAAGGUCUUGAAGGGUGGUCAAGUCAUCAUUGUUCUUGUCCUUGUUCAGACACAGAAGAGGAGGACGCAAUUCAGUUGUCUCCUGGUAAAUACAAGGCACAGGCUGACUGCAAGAAGAGAGGAUCUGAGGAUGUACUGGUGAAAAAUGGAGAUGUCAUUCAACUUUUACAGGAAGAUACCGAGGGACAGUGGCUGGUAAAGAAUCUGAACAGAAAAAAAGAAGGAUGGAUUCAUGGAAACAAUUUACAGAUUAUCAUUGGUGAAUGUAGGAUGCGGGCAUCCAAACUAACAGAUGCUGCUCUAUGUAACACAAGGAAGUUAAGCUCACCUUGAAACCCCAUGUAAAUAUGAAUAAUACACAGAUCCAUGGAUGCUGCUGAAACGCUGUUUUUAAAGGCACUGUUUUCAUGGAUGCUGCUGAAACACUGUUGUCAGAAGCACUGAUUUCCAUGGAUGCUGCUGAAACGCUGUUGUGAGGAGCACUGUUACAUGUUAAUGUCACCACCAAUCUUAUCCUACAACAUCGUCUGUGACCACCUUCUAAAGCUCACAUACCCUUUUCACGUGGACAAAAGACACUUUUAACAGCCUCAUUUUGUAAAACUGUUGUUGUACAUUGGAAAAUUCCAUUUUUACCAUGCUCCUUAGCACCAUUAGUUUAUUUUACAUCUUGGCUAAUGAAAUGUUUUUAACUCAAUGUAAAUAUGUAAGUGUUGACAUUUGUAGAAACUCCAUUCCAUGCUCUAUCUAUACAUGUUUUACCGUUUUUGUGUAAAACGUCUGCACUUUAUUCAUCUUGACUCUAUAGGGGAAGAUUUAUAAAACUGUAUAAAAUAAAAAAUCUUUAUUGCCCAUAGCAACCACUCAGAUCUCAGCUUUAAUUUUUCAAGAGCACUAUAAGAAAUUAAAGCAGUGUUGUGAUUGGUUGACAGUUCUAUCCUUUAGACAGUUUUCAUAACUCUCCCCAAUGUGAUGAGGCUUCUCAUGAGACAAUAGCUUGAUGUAGGCCUUCUUAAUAUGAACUGGACUGGUUGAUCUUGAACAUUCUACAUUUUUGCCACCACCUGCUUUAUGGUGUAAUGUGACAAAUUGCAAUAAAAAAAAUAUCUUGUUCUUCCUUAAUGUGGAAUAAUUAAGUUUUUCAAUUAUUAAUUGGUUAGGGUUUAAAUAAUUUUUAGGUGUAUCAGUAUUAUUAUUAUAGUGUUUGUGUAUGGAUAAGUGUCAUUCUACUCUUGCUGAGAAGAACUCUGUCCACCAAAGUAGAAGAAUGUACCUGUAUAUUUGUCAUCCUAAAAAAAUAAGUUUAUUUCAGUUAUUCUGUUCAUUUAUGUAUGUAUUUCUCAUUUUCUGUGUUAUUCUACAGAUCAAGUUGCACUUUAAGGGGUUGUCCCAUGAUUAAUGUAAAAAACAUGAAAAUCAGACAUCAUAUAGUACAUAACAAAGGUAGAACCAGCCCUGUACCUCACAUGGAUUUACAGUUCUUCCCAUUCUUUGGUCCAGUUGCUCGGUUUGAUUUCUUUCAAGCUGGCAGCUCAGGAGGCGUGUACUUUCUAAGGGGACAUGUCCAUUCGGCUGCAUCUCUCUCCUUAUCACAGCUCAGGCAGCAUGUCCUUUCAGCUACAGCUCUCUCCCUGUAACAGUCUCAGAUUCUAACAGUAGAUCCAGCUGAGGGCAGUUGAGGAAUGGAAUUGAGCAUUUGCAAAAACCUCAGUGAGGUGGACAAAGAAAUAAGAAAAAGUACAAACAGCAGGUGGUGCUAUACAGAAAUACUUUAUUGAAUAAUUUAGUAGCUUUACUAAACUUUUAAUUACAUCUAAUUACAAAAGUUUUCAGGUCCAGAUGCUGGUUUCAAAAAUGUAGAUUUUUUUUUUCAUGGGAUAACCCCUUUAUUGAUGUAAAAAUAUUGAUCUGGGAUCAGAUAGUGUAUAUAGACCAGCUUGAGGUAUAUAUCUACAGUUCUCAGCAGUGCUGGAGCUGUUCUUGUGGUUUUUGAAGUAUUGCUGGCAAAUAAUACAUACAACACAGUGGAAAAGCCAGCAACAGGGAGAAUACAAGGUACACUUCAUGGGAAUGGAGGGCAGCCAGUGAUAUGCAAUCUGUGUUGACAUUGGAUUACAUGGAACUGAUUAGUAUAUUUACUGAUAUUCCUCUUUUAGGGGACAAUUAAUGGUACAUUAUCUACAUAAAGCACAAAGUGUAGGACUAUCUUUAAGGGGCACAACAUGUGACACAAUAGAUGGCGCUAUUUACAGGGGCACCAGCACAUGCCACUAAUUUCAGGGGGCACAGUAUGUAGCAAAAAUUUUAUGGGGACUGUGUGUAAUGGUUUAUGGCUAGGGAAUACAAUUAUAUUCAGGAGUUAAAAUAUGUGGCACAAUUAUAUUCAAGGGCACAGUGUGUGGCGGUAUAUUCAUGGUGAUAGUAUCAGAUGCCAUUAUAUUGAGGGGCACAAUGUGUGGCACCCUGAUGAUUUUGUGUUAGUAUAGGUCAAGGUUAUCUGGUUGGGAAACUCUGCAGAGACAGGUCAUGUCCAGGAAAAGUCAUCAUGGUGGUCUUGACAGGAUAGAGAAGAAAAGGCAGGAGAACAACUUCAAGCAGAGAAGACAUCACCUGUGAGUCAGUGAAUGUAAAUGUUUAUUCUUCUUCUGACUAAUCAGUAAUAGAUUCACUGCAU